CACAAUAACAAUGGAGGAGUGUGGAAGAGGAAGUCUGACAUCUAUUGAUUUGACAUGGGAAAUAUUGCGUUAUGCUAGAUUUCUGGCGUUGGAAGAUGACUCAAAAAGUAGUGUGACAUCGACCGCACGGAAUGAACAGAAAUGGAAGUACAUAGCUCCUGCAUCCAAGGAAGGCUUAAAACUAUGUAUUAACAGGGAUCAUUUGCUUCUCACAAACGAUGAUGUAAUUUUAGAGAAUUACUUUCUAGGAGACAUGAGGAGCACAAUGCGUGGCUUUGUGAGAGGAGACAGUCUCCUGUUUGUCAUCAAAGUUAAGAAUGAAGCUAGAAAAUUUAGAGUGCGCUUUGCCAGAGGACCCCAUCAUAGUGCAGUGGCAACGUGUGAAAAUUGUGCGGCUAAACUCUCCUACUUCUUUCCUGUUAGACCGUAUGAAGCAAUGGAAAGACCUAAGCCCCCUGUCCAGAUUGCUGAAAAAGAAGUGUUGAAAGGUGAAGUGUCAGUUCAAGAACUAUCCCAGGUGAUGAGAGGGGACGGAAGGAAUGUGGAGCUACCAAUCCCUUAUACUGCAUCUGCAACCAACUUGGAGCCUGAUGAUCUAAAUAAACUGCUUCGUCUUUUCCUCCUGGAGAGUUCUUUUCCAUCUUUCGUAGAAGCUGUAGAGAAACAGUUGGACUCUAUCACUAAGGAAGAUGAGGAAUAGAAACGAUACUCACAUGAUAAAAGAAAGAUCUUCAAGUUGGUAAGCCUCUUCAUCUUUUCCUCCCUGAUGCUUCUGUUCCAUCCUUUGAAGAUGAUGUUGAUAGAAGAAUUGGACUCUAUUACCAAGGGAUAGGAUAGACAGAGCAUUGGCUAACAUGGAAUCUCAGGUCCUUAAUAAGAUGCUUCGUCUUUUUCUCUUGGGGAUUCCUUUCCAUCAUUCAUAGAAUCUGCUUAGAAGUAGAUGACCUUUAAUACCAAGAAACAUGAGGAAAAGAAGGUGCAACGGAUAUCAG